AUGGUCAAGGCUGUUGUCGCUGGUGCCUCGGGCGGAAUUGGACAGCCGUUGUCGCUGCUCCUGAAGCUCUCGCCUCUCGUUAGCGAGCUCGCCCUCUACGAUGUUGUCAACACUCCCGGCGUCGCUGCCGACCUGUCCCACAUCUCUUCCAAUGCCAAAACCACUGGCUACCUUCCCCCCAACGACGGCGCCAAGGCUGCCUUCAAGGAUGCCGACAUCAUUGUCAUCCCCGCGGGUAUUCCCCGCAAGCCCGGCAUGAGCCGUGAUGACCUGUUCAACAUCAACGCCAGCAUCGUCAAGGGCCUGAUCGAGGUGGCCGCCGAAGUCGCCCCCAAUGCCUUCAUCCUCGUCAUUUCCAACCCUGUCAACUCGACCGUCCCUAUCUCGGCCGAGGUUCUCAAGUCCAAGAAGGUGUUCAACGCCCAGCGCCUGUUCGGCGUCACCACCCUCGAUAUUGUCCGUGCCGAGACCUUCGUCGCCGAGCUCGCCGGCAAGAGCAACCCCCAGGAGCUGAACGUUCCCGUCAUUGGCGGCCACUCCGGCGAGACCAUCGUCCCUCUGUUCAGCAAGGUUACUCCCUCGGUCACGAUCCCCGAUGAGAAGUACGACGCUCUCGUCAACCGCGUUCAGUUCGGUGGUGACGAAGUCGUCAAGGCCAAGGAUGGUCUCGGCUCUGCCACCCUCUCGAUGGCGUAUGCCGGCUACAGGUUCGCCGAGAAGCUUCUCAAGGCCGUUGCGGGCGUCAAGGGCCUCGUUGAGCCCAGCUACGUCUACCUCCCCGGUAUCCCGGGCGGCAAGGAGAUCGCCGAGAAGACUGGUGUUGACUUCUUCUCCGUCCCUGUCGAGCUUGGACCCAACGGCGCCGAGAAGGCCCUCGACAUCCUUGGUGAUAUCACUGAGAAGGAGCAGAAGCUGCUUAACGCGGCGCUCGAGGGCUUGAAGGGCAACAUCAAGAAGGGCGUCGACUUCGUCCACACCCCUCCCCAGAAGUGA